CCUCUCUCCAGCCCUGAUUUCCCGCCACACCCUACAAACAUAUGACAGCUGAGCAACCCGCAAACCCCACUCCACGCUCCACCUGCCCCCCAGCCCCUCUCACACCUGGCUGACUCCUUCCUAACCUGACUCUCCACACUCAGCUCAAAGCCUUCAGCUGGAGCAUUUAAGGCGCAGAACGCACAGUCCGGCUGCAGCUGCAGGACCCAGAGGCCAACCCUGCCAGGCUCGGGAAGGACAGCAGUGGCCACUCUCGGGGGGCAGAGGCAAGACCAGGAGCCAACAGCACCACUGCCAGCCUCCACACCUGCCUCCCGCACGCCAGGAAACCAUGCUCCUCGCGACGUUUAAGCUGUGUGCCGGCAGCUCCUACAGACAUGUGCGCAACGUGAAGGGGCUGAGGCACCAGGCUGUGCUGGCCAUUGGCCAGGAGCUGACCCGCAGGGCCCCAGGAGGCCCUACCCCCACGGCGUGGGUUCACCAGGUUCGGAGACGCGGCUCCCUGCUUGGUUCUCAGCUGGAAGACACUCUCUACAGUGACCAAGAACUGGCCUAUAUCCAGCAGGGAGAGGAGGCCAUGCAGAGGGCCCUGGGCAUCCUCGGCGACCGGGAGGGCUGGAAGAAGGAGAGCCAGCAGGCGAACGGGGACGAAGUGCUGAGUAAAGUGAUCCCAGACGUCGGCAAGGUGUUCCGGCUAGAGGUGGUGGUGGACCAGCCCAUGGAGAGGCUUUACGAAGAGCUCGUGGAGCGCAUGGAGACCAUGGGCGAGUGGAACCCGAAUGUCAAGGAGAUCAAGGUCCUGCAGAAGAUUGGAAAAGACACGGUCAUCACUCAUGAGUUGGCUGCACAGGCAGCAGGAAAUCUCGUGGGGCCCCGAGACUUCGUGAGUGUGCGCUGCACCAAGCGCCGGGGCUCCGUGUGUGUGCUGGCUGGCAUGGCCACACACUACGGGGAGAUGCCUGAGCAGAAGGGUGUCAUCAGAGCUGAGCAUGGCCCCACCUGCAUGGUGCUCCAUCCCCUGGCUGGAAGCCCCUCAAAGACCAAACUCACCUGGCUGCUCAGCAUUGACCUCAAGGGAUGGCUGCCGAAGACUAUCAUCAACCAGGUCCUCUCGCAGACCCAGGUGGAUUUUGCCAACCACCUGCGCAAGCGCCUGGAGUCCCACCCCGCUCUUGAAGCCAGGUGUUGAAGCCCAGCCUGCAGCUGCCAACAGCUCCCGCCUGAACCGGCUUGGAGGCUCAGGAGGAGGUCCCUGCUGGAAGCCUGCAAGUCUGUUAAAGAUCUUCAUCCAGGGACAGCGGGAGGGGGUGGUGGUGUGUUUCGAAUAGGAUACUAGAACUCAGUAACAUUUUAGUAACAAGAAAAUGGGGACAAGGGGCUUCUAACUUCACUCACUGAUUAGCUGUAAAAUGAAGCAUAAG